AGCCGUCUCAGACUUUCAGCUUCCUUUCUUCCCCGCAAAGAAAGAACAGAAGAAGGCUAGUAGUUCUAGCGACAGAGAGAGAAGCGCAGGCGGAGUCGCGGAAAGCAUCGAUCCAUCGACGACGAUGCAGAGCAGCAGCAUGAAGAGGGACAUCAGCGAGACCCACGACACCCUCCGCUUCGGCAUCAACGCAGGCGUCAAGGCCGACCUCGCGACGCCGCACCCGCUCCAGUCCACCAUCCAAUCGGAGACCAAGUUCUGGGCGGACAAGAAGAAGUUCGGGACAGAUGCCAUAUACGGAUCCGCCCUCAACAUCCGCAAGGAUCUCGAUGCCCAAAUCCUCUCCAGGUUCCAAAGGCCCCCUGGUGCUUUGCCAUCAUCUCUGCUUGGAUAUGAGGCGCUGACAGGUUCCCUGGAUGAUUUUGGAUUUGAAGAUUAUCUUAACAUGCCUCAAGAUUCUGACAGUUUCCGUCAACCUGACAUGCACCACGGAAUGGAGGUUCGCCUUGGUUUGUCCAAGGGACCUAUCUGCCCUAGCUUCAAUUGAGGCAGUGAAUGUAGUUCUGCUGCACGUUCACCUCAGUCCAGUUACUUCGGUCAAUAGACCAUAUAUGGUGAAAUAUGAAAACUGGUAGCUUGCAUCUGUUCAGUGUUAUGUUUCAAUCAACACCGAAUUUAAUAUUUGUCCAGUUUGAACUUUGACGACAACUUCUUUUUUCCUGGUUUCCUUGCCCUUACGAGCCCAUGAAAGCGACCAAAUUUCUGUAUGUUUUAUGUGGGUACACAUGGUUGCCAAAACGCUUGUUCUCUAGAGCAUGGUUUUAUUUUUUGGGGCACAAAUGGAACACAUUAAACCUGCAGUCGUUGCCUUGACUUA